AUGUUUAAUCUGAAAUAAAAAGGCAGUUUUCAGCUUGAAGUUAUUAAUUUCAUCCCUAACGAAGUUUAUUAAAAUAUAAUAGAUGUGGUAAAAUAAACAUUAGAUUAUCAAAUAUAGACAUUGAUUAAAGUUUACGAAAAUCUUAUAUUGCUCUUUAUACUUAUCCAUCAAAAUUAUUAAUAUAUCACAUAAAUAACGCUCGUUUUGAAUAGUUUAGCUCUAUUUGUGUUAAUACAUCUUUAAUACAGCUCUUCCAUGCCUCUCAGAGUUUUUAUAAUAAAUAUCUUCAUAAAUGCAUGCAUCUUUAUUAUAAUAGUGGGAUAUCUCUUUAUACUUUAAAGCUUUACUUUGAUUUGCCUUAUCUUUUCAAUAUUCUUAAUUGGACACUCAAAGUUUCUAUCAUGCUAUUUUUUGUCUGUUGGGAAUACUAAUGAUGUGAUUGAUAAAAAAAUAUACAGCAUUCUUCCUUACAAAAUGGUUUUAUAUUUUGUUGGUGUAAGAUUGAGAAAAUUUUAUUCUUCGAAUGAUCUAAAUGAUCCAAACCACUUUUACAACAUGAUAUCAGGCAUUUAAGUUAUUUAUCUAGUUUGUCUAUCGAUUGCUGAUUUGGUGCUUUAAUAUGAAAUCAAAGACUAGAGAUUUAGAAUCUUUCUUUUUGGUUGCUAAUUAUUAUUGCUCUACUAUUUCUCAGUUGUACUCAGUUAAUUUGUUAAUAUCCUUAGAUAUGGCCCUUAUAAGAGAAGGAUUAAGCUUAAUUGUGAUAAAUUAGUUGAUUUAAGUCAAAACUAAAUAGAAAAAAGGUAUUUUAAGUUUAAAAAAAUGUAAAACUUAAUAGUGUUAGAAAUAUAAAAUUACAAACCUAAAGAGUUUUUGAAGGUAAUGCCAUAAGUGAUUGAUUUGAUUAAGCAAAAUAAGACCUUAAAGUUAUUUGUAGAAGAAAAUUAAUAAAUGCAUAGCUCUAUUCAGACUUUCGAUAAUAUUAUAGUUAGCUUAUUGCUAAAUAAGUCAUCAUUAGUUAAAUUAUUAAUAAAAGAAUUGGCUACUUACGAUUUCAAUCAUAAGUAUUUUGAUAUUUCUUAAAAUGUUUCAUAAUUUAAUCUUAUAAUUUAGCAAUGUAUUGAAAAUUACAAAAUAAUUCCCAAUAUAAUGAGUGAAAGUCUCUUGAUAAAUAAUCAAAUGUACUAUUAAUUACCAGCUGGGCAUUUUCAGUAAUGCGAAUAACUACGAUAAUUUAAAAUUGAAGUUAUGAAAAUAAUAGUCUUUGAUUAACUUAUCAAAAUGCAAAUGGAUUUUCAGCCUCAAUAAAUUUACUAUGACCUAUUAGAUAUUUAAUGA